CACCCAUCUGUCUCCUUCAUAGGGGGAGCUCGUCAAGUUAGUGUGAAGUUCUGAAAAGUUGUCAACCCGAAAAAAGAGCAGAGAAACUCCUCCCGUCUUCAAAUUAUGAGCAAUCAGCAGCAGGGUGAAAUGGCCGCUGCGGAGAGCGGUGGAAGCUACAGUCAAAAGCGAAACACAAAUUCACAAGACUCACAGCAGCCAUCUCCUCUGGCCUUGUUGGCCGCCACAUGCAGUCGAAUUGACACCCCAGGAGAGAACGAUUCACCUUCAGACCAACAACAAAACCAGCAGCAACAGCUGGACCUAAACCAGGGUGUUUUCACCUCCAGUGCCAACGGCUGGCAGGUCGUCCCUCUUAGCGUUCAAGCAACCUCUGGCACUAACACCAUCACCACCGACUCCUCAGGGGUGAUGACAGGGGGAGACGCAGGCAAGAGCAGACAGGUGCUGUCACCAUCAGCGGCUGUGGUGAGCACUCAGGGACAGCAGCAGCAGCCACAGCAGUUUGUAAUAGCUCAGGCACCAUCGAUGCAGGGCCAGCAGGUGCUUACCACCAUAUCAGGUGUAAUGCCCAACAUUCAGUACCAGGUUAUUCCCCAGUUUCAGACAGUAGAUGGCCAGCCAUUGCAGCUGGCACAUGCUCAGCAGGAAUCUGCUGUACCUGCCGCUGCAGGAGCGGGGCAGCAGUUUCAGAUUGUGUCAUCCUCUAAUGGCCAGCAGAUCAUAGCUGCAACCAACAGAGCCGGUGCAGCAGGAAACAUCAUAACAAUGCCCAGUCUCCUUCAGGGAGCCAUCCCCAUUCAAAAUAUAAGCUUAGGCAAUGGCAUGUUACAAAACCAGCCCCAGUUCUUGGCAAAUAUGCCUGUGUCACUGAAUGGAAACAUCACCUUGUUGCCCGUCAGCACUGGAGCAAGCGGAGGUGGAGAGUCAAAUAGUGGAGGGGAUGCAGGGGGAAACCAGCUCAUACAGCAGCAGCAACAUCCUGUGUCCAGCGGAGCAGGUUACAUGACAAGUGCGGCCUCUGUCACCACGCAGGCCUCCUCUACGUAUGGUAUGGCACAGACGCAGAACAGCAACGGAGUCACAUUCCAGCAGAACACAGCAGCUUCUCUGGGUGUCCCAAUACAGCCAGACAACAGAGACGGGCAGCAGCCACAGCAGAUCCUUAUCCAGCCUCAGCAGGUUAUCCAAGGUGGAACACCCCUCCAGGCCAUCCAGGCUGGUACCGUUACGGGGGGUCAGGUGUUUGCGACUCCGACGCUGAGCCAAGAAGGGCUUCAAAAUCUUCAAAUUAUGCCAAACACAGGCCCCAUCCUCCUGCGCACUGUCGGCCCCAAUGGCCAGGUGAGCUGGCAGACCAUUCAAAUUCAGAGUCCCACAGGACCACAGAUCACCCUGGCCCCGAUGCAGUCUCUCCCCCAACUUGGUCAGGCUCAGGGUGCUGCUGCAGCUGGAGGAGUGUCUGUCAACACGGUGCAGAUCCCAGGCAUCCAGACCAUAAAUCUCAACACACUCGGAGGCUCUGGGCUGCAGAUGCACCAGCUGCAGACUGUUCCCAUCACCCUUACUGGCACAGCAGGAGAGCAGGCGCUACAGACAGGCGGAGAUAGUUUGGAUGACAGCACAGCCAUGGAUGACGAGGAUAUAAGCCCACAGCCUCAAGGACGACGUAACCGCAGGGAAGCGUGUACCUGCCCCUUCUGCAAGGAUGGAGAAGGACGCAGCGACCCUACUAAAAAGAAGCAGCACAUUUGUCACAUCUCCGGCUGUGGAAAGAUCUACGGCAAGACAUCCCACCUGAGAGCUCACCUGCGUUGGCACACAGGAGAACGACCCUUCGUUUGCAGCUGGUCUUUCUGUGGCAAACGAUUCACCCGUUCAGAUGAGCUUCAGCGCCACAAGAGGACGCACACAGGUGAGAAGAGGUUCGCCUGCCCAGAGUGUCCCAAACGCUUCAUGCGCAGCGAUCACCUCUCCAAGCACAUCAAAACCCACUUGAACAAGAAGGCAGUCGCCGCCACCACCAGCACCACAGUCUCCACUGACGCCGCUUCCCCUACAGCAGGAACAAAAGUCGGCACAGGAGCAGUGUCGGCCAACGACCAGCACACCAUCGUCACCAUGGAAACCUUAUCUGCAGAGAGCAUAGCUCGAUUAGCCAGCAGCGGGAUCAACAUGAUGCAGGUGGACCUUCACCAAAUUAACGGCAACAGCUACUGAGGACAGCGGAGGGAGGCGGGCCUCGGUGGAUGUCGCAUUCGGACAUUUGGGGUUAAAAAGGGCAUGUCUGACUGCAGACACAGAACCUCACAAGGGCUUCAGACAGGAGAGGCGGUCACAGAUUCAACACAACAGACACUAUUAAAUUUGAGAACUAAAGCACGAAUACGGAUCUCCAUCAUGUAUUUAGACACCUGUGGCAUUUAAGGGUCAGAGUCGGAUGAAAAUGUUAGACUAGAGAAAUCAUGAAAUCUUAUUUCCCCUGAACGGAAAUGGCACAACACUAACAUUAUUUUGUCCCACAUAAAGACUCAAUCUUACUUGAUGGUGGGAUUGCAAUAACACACACAGACUGGCACUUUUGGUGUUGAAAUUGGUAGCUAGUAAUAUCUUCUCUACAUGCUUCUCUAGUAAAGAGAUGACACUACCAGGGUUGGAAAUUAGCAAAAUGCUGGUAAAAUAUGCAGCGGCUUCUAGAUUUGCUUUGCUAACCAGUCAUAAAAUCAUGGUUAUCUGUUAAGUAGCUGGUAGUGUUUGGAAUCCACUGACCAGAGGGGCAAGUGGACCAAAGAUUUCCAACCCUGGACACUACUAAGUCAGACUCUCCCUUGUUUCCAAGGCUGUGGGCUUCCAUCUUCACCUCAGGUGUUUCCUGCCCUCUCAGACUGGGCUGCUGUAUCAGGCUCAUCAACGAGCCCAUGAUGCUAAAUUUACGUUAUGAAAGCAUAUUGUUGGUUCUCACAUUCCUGUGGUCGCAGUUAUGGGAGAAUCAAAUGUGUUAACAAACUAACAACCCCAUUAUCAUAGGAAUAACAGGAGAAGCGUUUCAGGGUGUUUGGAGAAGGGCUCAAAUACACAAGGUCACAACCAAGUCAGAGCCAGAGGCACUAAUCAGUGUGAGGACGUCUGUGUGUCAGGGCACUGACAUCCUGAGAAUUAACUCUUUAACCGCUUAUGUAGGUACACACAUUCAAGCCAUCAUGCUUUGAUAUGUUUAUCAUAGCAAAAAAACAUUUUUUUUUUAUGUACAUAUAUAUUUUUGGUAAUGUAAAGGCUACAGGAAUUCUUAGCGUAGGCAGGAUCAUCUUACAUGAUUUCAAGAGAUUGCCUUUCAGUUGUAUGAACCUCUCAUGCACAAUCAAUCUUAAUCUAAUGUUGUUACUUUUAUAUAUAUAUAUAUGUAGAUUAAAUGUCUAAAUUUAAGAGCCUUUCUGUCAUAGAAUAACGUAUUCUAUACAGUCCAGAUCUUCCCAGUUCUUCUUUUCCCCUAUGCUAUACUUAUCUUUGCCUUGCAGUCUCAUCGCUUUUUCUUUGGAUGGAAAACUGUGUCUUCUUUGGUCAUAUCUGGUCAGAGUCAAGUAUUUUGUAAUAAUAUCCAGACAGCAUAAAUAUGUAAGCUCCAAACCAAAGGUUCAUACUCAUUUUAUAAACGAAACUAGGAAAUCUUUCUUUGGUCCGUGAACUUUCUAAUCAUUUUUACUCUUGUAAUACAUAUGUUAAAGUUCUAACUGGAAGAGAUCCAGCUCGAGGCAGGCACCGGACACACAUCCCUUUGUUGUCCAAAUAAAUAAGUUGCAAAUGUACUAAGGGUCAACUUUUUUCUGGAAAGAUGCUUUCACUGAUUAAAUCAUUUUCUUUGCUUCAGAAUUCUGCUUUAUUUGCAAAAGAUAAUUGUAACUUGUAUUACGUCAGUAAAUGUACCUUUAAAAGCUCUCCUUUGAAACUCUAUAGACUAAGUUCAUUGGACAACAAGUGCUCUUACUUUUCUGCCCCGUUUUAAAUAAGGGAUUUUAUAUUGUGUGUAUACAACUACUGCAGAUGCCAACAGCUGGAUUAAAAUUAAGAUUAAAUAUA